GAGCGCGAAACCCGAUGCAGGGUCGUCGCAGGUAUUUUGCUGAACAGGGUGCAUGCUGUGGGGAAACCUAUGCGUCGGCUGCCUCCAAGUACAGAAGCGCCUCGGGCAUAUAAACGGAGCAGAUUAUCAAUGAUUACUACUGCGGAAGAAGUC